AAAAUCACGUGAAUAGCGAUGUUUACGUUUGUUUGAGUCUCUUUCGGAGCCGGUGGUAUGAAAGCGGGGCGCGUGAAUUGACGGACCCGCUAGUGUCUAGGAGCCAGCAGCGGGGUUCUGCUUGUGCAGAAGAGUAAACUAAACGGCGGAAAUGCGGAAAAACGAUGCAAACUACAGCGUGCAGACGGGGAGCGAGUAUGAGCCCAUCGGAGAUGAGAACAGACCGCUCUUAGCACAGGGUGCUCAGGCUAGAGGUGCAUCCUUCUGGUCUUCUGCCUUUAAUCUGAUGAAUGCCAUCAUGGGCAGCGGCAUCCUGGGUCUUUCUUAUGCUAUGGCCAAUACGGGCAUCGUCGGAUUCUGUAUUCUUUUGCUGGUUGUCUCCAACUUGGCUGCUUAUUCUAUUCAUCUCCUGCUGCUCCUCUGUGACAAGACAGGCAUCAACUCCUAUGAAGCUCUUGGAGAGAGAGCGUUCAACAGACCUGGCAAGAUUCUUGUGGCCUGUACUAUUCUCAUUCAGAAUAUUGGAGCCAUGUCCACCUACUUGUUCAUCUUGAAGUCUGAAAUGCCUGCUGCCAUCACCGGCUUUAUGAGCACAGAGAUUUCUGGUAAGUGGUUUGAGGAUGGUGUCACACUACUGAUUUUAGUGACUCUAAUUGUAGUGUUGCCAUUGGCUCUACUUCCUAAGAUUGGUUUUCUGGGAUACACCAGCAGUCUUGCAUUCAUCUUUAUGUUGUUCUUUACUGUAGUGGUGGUGGUGAAAAAAUGGUCCAUUCCCUGCCCGCUGCCAAUUAACUCUACUGUGAGCCUGAGCUUAAAUACCUCUGAAUGCACCCCACAGAUGUUUGUGAUCUCUAGUAAGAGUGCUUAUGCAGUCCCAACCAUGGCUUUCUCCUUCUUGUGCCAUACAGCAGUUUUACCCAUUUACUGUGAGUUACACAGACCCACAAAGAAGAGAAUGCAGAAUGUGGCUAAUGUCAGCAUCUUUCUUAGUUUUGUGGUGUAUUUGAUCUCUGCCCUGUUUGGAUACCUCACCUUCUAUACUCAUGUGGAAUCUGAGCUGUUGCUAGGAUAUGACAUCUACCUACGGCGGGAUGUUGUGGUCAUGUCAGUGCGUCUUGCGAUUUUAUUGGCCGUUCUGUUCACCGUGCCGCUUAUUCACUUCCCAGCACGUAAAGCCCUGUUGAUGUUAUGCAGGGGAGAGAGGGAGUUCUCCUGGCUCUCUCAUUUGCUUUCCUGUUUUUUCAUCCUCACUCUUGUGCUGCUGCUUGCUAUUUUCGUCCCUGACAUUAGGAAUGUCUUUGGUGUGGUGGGUUCUACGACCUCCACAUGUUUGCUGUUUGUGUAUCCUGGAAUGUUUUAUUUGAGAAUCAGCUCCGAGCCAAUCAGAUCUCUCAAUUCAGCAGGGGCGGUUUUUCUGAUGGUGAUUGGUCUGGUUGUUGGUGUGCUGAGCCUGUGUGUCAUCAUUGUCUCCUGGGUUCAAGGUACUUGACCUUUGACAUCAUUACUGAGGGACGUAUUGCGCAACUUGUGAGCUCAACUCAUCCUGCUGUGAAGAGAAAUCUUGUUUAACAGGUUAAACACCAGGCAGAGACUCUUUUCUGAACCAAAUUAAGGGAAUCCCAGUGAGAUGAGGCUGUGCUCAUGUUCUCAUAGCACUAUUAUGACACUUGAAUACUGUACAGAGGCACAAUCAAAUUCAAAAUAUCCAGCAAAGCACUUAAAUGCAAAUUAUGUCUAAAUGACAGCAGAGUUUGACUAUUUUUGAAUCUGAUGGUUUCUGUCAUCCAUAGAAAGACAGUUGGGACCAAUGAAUGAAUGCCAAUAUUACAAUAACUCAAUGUGCGAUAUUAGAUUUAAAAAAAAAGUGAUUUCAUGAAAGUGCUUGUCUGACUCUGAUUUAAUGAUUGGCCACUGUCUUUAGUCAAAAACUUGAUUUGUGUUUUAAGAUUGUCAGAACUUUCAGGAUAUUUCUUCUCCAACACACUAAUCCCAAAGAUGUUUUGUUACUACAAUUUAGAAUUUAAAAUGUUCUUUAUAUUUUCUAUUUUAAAUAAAGAAAAAAAAUUAUAAAUGCGUGGAAAAUAUACAAAAGAAUAUUUUUGUACCGUCACAACCCUGUUUACAUGUUUUGACCAUUUUGAUGUAUUUUAUGUGAAUUUCAAUAAAUAAAGGGAAAUGAGAAUUAAAA